CUGGACGGGAAGUAGGCGGGGCCGGCCAAGAGCAGCUCGUGGGGAGCACUGCGGCAAGCUGGCAGAGUGAAGACCUGACUGAGGACCAUCUCACCCCAGCCUAGCUGCAAGCCCCCCGGGAUGCACUGGGCAUGGCCUCUGGAGCCCCACAGAACAGCAGCCAGAUGGCCUGUGACAGCGAGAUCCCAGGCUUCCUGGACACCUUCCUCCAAGACUUCCCAGCCCCACUGAGCCCGGAAAGCCCUUUGCCAUGGAAGGUCCCAGGGGCAGUACUGAGCCAGGAAGAGAUGGAGGCUGAGCUAGCUGAGCUAGCAAUGGGCUUCCUGGGCAGCAGGAAUGCUCCUCCACCGUUUGCUGCAGCUGUGACCCACAAGGCAAUUUCCCAGCUACUACAGAUAGACCUUUCUGAAUUCAAGAAGUUGCCUGAACAAGAGGAGGAGGAGGAAGAAGAGAGAGCCCUUGUGACCUUGCUAGAUGCCAAAGGCCUGGCCCGAAGCUUCUUUAACUGUCUUUGGGAAGUAUGUAGCCAGUGGCAGAAGCAGGUGCCGUUGCCUGCCAAGGCUCCUCAGCGGCAGUGGCUGGUCUCUAUCCAUGCCAUCCGGAACACACGGCGCAAGAUGGAGGAUCGGCAUGUGUCCCUUCCUACUUUCAACCAGCUCUUCGGCUUGUCUGACUCUGUGGACCGCGCCUACUUCGCUGUCUUUGAUGGCCAUGGAGGAGUGGAUGCUGCAAGGUAUGCCUCUGUCCACGUGCACGCCAAUGUGUCACACCUGCCGGAACUGCUCACAAACCCGGCAGCGGCCCUCAAGGAAGCCUUCCGGCGCACUGAUGAGAUGUUUCUCUGGAAAGCCAAGCGAGAGCGACUGCAGAGUGGUACCACAGGUGUGUGUGCACUCAUCACGGGAGCAACCCUCCAUGUUGCCUGGCUCGGAGACUCCCAGGUCAUCCUGGUACAGCAAGGCCAGGUAGUGAAGCUGAUGGAGCCACACAAACCCGAGCGACAGGAUGAGAAAGAACGUAUUGAAGCACUGGGUGGCUUUGUUUCUUUCAUGGAUUGCUGGAGAGUCAACGGGACCCUGGCAGUGUCUAGAGCCAUUGGGGAUGUCUUCCAGAAGCCCUAUGUGUCUGGCGAGGCAGACGCAGCAUCCCGAAAACUAACAGGCUCAGAAGACUACCUGUUGCUUGCCUGCGAUGGCUUCUUCGAUGUUGUCCCGCACCAGGAAGUCUCGGGUCUUGUCCACAGCCACUUGAUCAAGCAGAAGGGCAGCGGGCUGCAUGUGGCUGAGGAGCUAGUGGCUGUGGCCCGUGACCGGGGCUCCCAUGACAACAUUACAGUCAUGGUAGUCUUCCUUAGGGACCCCCAAGAGCUGCUGGAGGGUGGAGCCCAGGGAACAGGGGAUGCCCAAGCAGAUGUAGGAGGCCAGGACUUGCCCACUGGCCUCUCAGAACUUGAGGCCAAUACCUCAUAGAGAAGCUAAGUGGUCCAGGCCCCAGGCCCCAUCCUGACUCUCCCUUUGCCCUUGUGAUCCUCCCCUUCAGAGACCUUAGAUCCAACAGGUAGAGUGGGCAGGGGUGCGCACCCUCACAGUGUUCCCUUAGCACCCAGCCCUUCAUGCUGCCUGCCACAGUCUGUCCUCAGAACCGCAGAACUGCAGUAGGCAGCAAGUGGAUCUCAGAAGAAAGCAUAGGAAAUGACCUCACCAAAGAGAAGAUGGCUGAGGUGGUCUCGGCAAUACAGGACUGAGGACAGAAACCACAGGCACCUGUUGGCAGCCGAACCAAAAAUGCAGGUCAGGUCUUAGGAGACCCUCCCACAGACCUUUCAGGCCCGUCCUGGGGUAAGAUCUGCAGCUAGGUGUCUGGCCCAGGUUUGUGACUUCUCACUAUACCCGUGGCCAGGAGGCUUUGGUCUGUACUGAGAGACAAGCUCGCAGUCCUGCUAGGCUGCUGGCUUCCCAAAAAGGAGACGUUGGCCUUGCUGGGAGGAGCCCCAGAGGACUGGCCCACUGCCACUCUUAACUGAGUACUAAGGCCACUAGGGUCUUCUAGACCUCUCUUUCCUUGAGUAUCCGAGGGAGGUGAUGUCAGAUGCAUGUGUGUUUUAUUUGUGUGCUUAGAUUUAUUGCAAGGAAAGGUCUAAUCCAGAAUCAGUAUUCAGGUUUUAUCAGUGCCAAGCUGACCCACAAGGUCAUGUAAUUUAAGCUAAGCUUAGCAUUUAUUUUGUUCCUGAAAACUUAAGUAUUUUACUUUUUUAUGUAUUCAUGGAGACAUUUGCAGUAUUACUGAUUUUGUUUUCCUAAAUCAGGAUGGAAACAAACUUUUCUAGGUUGUGUUAAUAAGCCAUUGAAGUGCCUUAAACAGCUUUGGCGUAGAUGAGAGCUGCUGGGCCCACCGUGGAUCCUGAUAGGCAGACGUGUUCCAUUCUCAAAAAAGCAGCCUUUGUUGUGGGAAGGCAUGCUUUGGGCUGGCAUGCUUUCUGGGAAGGUCCUUUUGUGUUUCUGGGCACCUCAUAACUUCCUUGAAGUGAUCAGCAGAGGCUGUGACUGUGGGCAUCUAGGGUGACAGUGGCCUCCUUGCCUACCCUUGGGGUCCAGCUGGAAACUAGAAGUUUCGGAAUCUCUUGGUAUAUUUGUAGUCACGUUGAGUCCUUGAGGCCAGUGCAUAGUUAAGGAACUUUGGCAAGCCCAGCGGUCCACCUCCUUGGGGAGGCUGCUUGCCACAUGGUCACCACCUGUCUCCUGUGGCUGGUGUCCUCUGCUGGAGUUGAGACCAUGUAAUUGAGUCCAUGGUCAAAGUCUAAUAGGAGUCAUCCUAAACACUCAGAUAAUUGGCCACCAUAAUGACUAGGUAUUGCUCAUCUUGAAGGCCUGGUGCCCUCUCUCAGCACAGGGGUGUGGUUGUUGGUUCAGCCAGCCUUCCUGUAGCAAUGACCUUGAUAGAAGGAGAUACUGACUUUGGUUUUCUCCCUUUUUUGCUAAUCUUAUUCUGUUCAUUGCUGGUAAGAGUGGAAUUCAGGCCCCAUAGAUGUCCCUUGAUGGUCUGAUUCAUUAAUACAAAGUUGUGCCAGAUAUCAAGGCCUAGGUGUAAAGGGAAGCCCCAUUCCCAGGCUUCUCUGAGUGCCUCCCCUUCCCCUCAGUCCAUCUGCAGUGGUGAUAGCCAAGCCCCUGCCAGGUAGUAGUCCAGGACCAUCAUUAGGCACGGCUCCAUCCUUACCUAGUGGCCAAAGGAGAACACAUUGCGUGCUGUUUAGGGCUGGCCUUGUGCUAGUUCAUAGACACAGAGAAAGACUGUUCUGUUGUGACUGGAGCUGCCAGUAUCUAGCCUACAAGACUUCUUGGCCACUCCCUCUUCAGGCUCUCAUCCCAAGAGGAUCCCCUAGCCAGAAUGUUCCUACUUCUUAAGUCUCAGCUUUGCCGCCAUCUCAUUGCAUGAGCUGAACAAGUCACUGUACCUUUCUGACCUCAGUUACCCUUUGGUAAGGUAUGGAGGGGGUGCACAGCAAUACCAGGCCCUCCAGCCUGGAGUUUGAGAGGUGUCGGAGCUGCUCAAGGUGAGCAGCUGCCAGAGCAGAGGAGCCCAUCCUCCACCGCCAGUAGAGAAGGGUUAAAGUAUUAUUGGUGUCUAUUCUUAAAAUUAAGUGGGCUGGAAAAGAGCUGAGUUACAGAUGCCAGUGUCUUGCAUGGAUACAAAAGCUAAAGCAGUCGGGCUGCCUCCCAGCUAAGCCCGUAGGAGGAAGAGGUGGGAGGGCACAGGCAGGCUUUCAGGGUUUUAGUCAGAAACCAGCAUAGGACGUGGUGUGUUGUAAAGGGUGUCGAAGCAACGUAUGUGCAGCCUACCUUUGGGUGUCUCGGGACUCAUGAUGGGAGAGGCACAGGCACCUGGAGGGCUUGGGAAAGCCUGUGCCCCUACUGGUCACCAUGAUCUGUCUGCCCCUGCCCUUUUGGGUCCUGCAUGCAGUACCCCCUCUCCCCGUGGUAGGUUUCAGCAUGGGGUUCCUGUGUUCCUCAGCUGUAUUCUCAGGGCCAAGAGGACAGCCCUGGCCAUACUGUAAGAAAGCCAGGCCAAAUUGUAUAAAGCAAGCUGUGUUUCUGGCUCGCCUGCCCCGUAGCCUUCAGGGGUCAUCUUCCAGAGUCCUGUGCUUUCGCUGGCCUCUGCACCCAUACCACGCACACUGAGCUUUGCCAUAAACAUGCCGUGUGGGCCUUGCCAAGGGUUUAUUCAAGGGGCUUCCUGGGAGCCAUGUGCAACGGCAUGUAUUGUUCUAAGAUACCAUGUUUCUCUAAUCUUAGGGACAAGUCCCACGUUGAUGAGCUCAGAAGGACAGUCUCCUGGGGCCCAUUGUACUGUUGUCAAUAAACCAUAUACUCAAGACUCCCGAGUACCACUUUCAUCUCUCCCCUCUGAGUGUCUGUAGUUACUUCUGUAUCACUGACAAAAUGCUUAGCUGAAACCCCUUAAAAAAGGAAGGUGUUAGCUAGAGAUAUUCUAGAGAGUUUACCCUGUGGUUGGUUCCGUGUGAUUACACAGACAUGGUGGCAGGAGCAUGUGACUUUAUGGGUGUCUACCUCCAAGCCAACCCAGGAAGUGUGAAGAGAGGUGACCAGGGACCCACACCAAGUGAUCUGCUUC